UUUACGUCAGGAGCUGCUGUUUGAAAUAUUCAAACCAGCUCCGCUUUUAUUACCGAGUCAUAUUGCGAGAAAGAGAGAGGCUGGAACAUCAGGGGAUGAGCGGUAGAGACAAUGUGGGUUCACUCAUUCACAUUGUUAUUGCUGGGUUUUCACAUCACUGAAGGUGCUGGGCAACACUGUGACGUGGGUCAGUUUCAGUGCAGAAACGACCGGUGUAUCUCCUUACUCUGGCACUGCGAUGGAGAGGACGAUUGUACCGAUAACAGCGAUGAGGAAAGCUGCCCUAAGAAAACCUGUGCUGCAACAGAGUUUACCUGUGACAAUGGUGAGUGCAUCAUGGAGAACUGGCGCUGUGACGGAGAAGAGGAAUGUGCCGAUGGCUCCGAUGAAGCAGCUACAUUGUGCAAUAAAUUUACAUGUCCACCUGACAAAUUUGGCUGUGACAGUAACAGAUGUCUCCCAGUGUCGUGGCAGUGCGAUGGUGAGAAGGACUGUGAAAGUGGAGCCGACGAGUUGAAUUGUACAGAUGAUCCGAAGACCUGCCCAAACAAUGAAUUCCAAUGUGCCAAUGAUAAAUGCAUUGCCAUGACUUUCGUGUGUGACGGUGAUGACGACUGUGGGGAUGGUACAGAGGAGCUGCACUGUCUUCCGCCCACCUGUGGACCCCAUCAGUUCCAAUGCAACAACUCCAUGUGCAUCCCCUUGCUAUGGGCCUGUGACAAUGACCCAGACUGCACUGACCGAUCGGACGAAAGUGUGGAGAGAUGUGGCCACAAGGCAGUGCCUGCAAGUGCCUGCUCAGCGAAUGAAUUUCAGUGCAACAAUGGCGAGUGCAUCCACCUGAACUGGAAAUGUGAUGGAGGCAUAGACUGCAAAGACAAAACGGAUGAAACUGACUGCCCAAUGAUGACUUGUCAACCCGAUCAGUUCCAGUGCAGUGAUGGGAGCUGCAUCCAUGGAUCCAAACAGUGCAACCAAGUCUUUGACUGUCCGGACCACAUUGAUGAGCUUGACUGUGUGAAUGUGACCCCAUGCGAAGGGCUGCAGAAAUUUCUGUGUAAGAGUGGAGAAUGUAUUGAUAUGGACAAAGUAUGUGACUCGCAUAGGGACUGCUUGGACUGGUCGGAUGAGCCACUCAAAGAAUGUGGUUUAAAUGAGUGCCUGACUAACAAUGGUGGCUGCUCCCAUACAUGCAGAGACUUGAAGAUUGGAUAUGAAUGUGAAUGCCCAGCUGGCUACAAACUGCUGGACACAAAGACAUGUGGAGAUAUAAAUGAAUGUGAGGAUCUGGACCGAUGCAGCCAGAUCUGCACCAAUAUUAAAGGAGGCUACAAGUGCAAUUGCUUCCAAGGUUAUGAGAUGGAUCCAAUGACUGAAACUUGCAAAGCAGUGGGUACAAGUCCAGCAGUGAUUUUCACCAAUAGCCAUGAGAUUAGAAUGAUCAAUUUGAUGAAGAAAGAGUAUACACGUCUUGUACCUACAUUAAAGAAUGUGGUGGCUCUGGAUGUUGACGUUGAAGCUGGGAAGAUAUAUUGGAUUGAUCUGUACUACAAAGAGAUAUAUAGUGCUCCUUUGGAUAAAGCCAGUGAUCCAAGCCAGCAUGUUCAUCUAAUCAAGUAUGAUCUCCACACCCCUGAGGGCCUAGCAGUAGAUUGGGUUCACAAGAACAUAUACUGGACAGAUUCGGGUACCAGGUCAAUCUCCGUGGCAACUGCAGAUGGGACCAAAAGAAAGACCCUCGUCAGCACUGAGCUCGACAAGCCCAGAGCUAUCUCAGUUGAUCCAAUUCGAGGGUUCAUGUAUUGGUCUGACUGGGGUAACCCUGCAAAGAUCGAGAAAGCUGGCCUGAAUGGAGUCGACCGUCAGACACUCGUCACAGACAACAUCGAAUGGCCAAAUGGAAUCACUUUAGAUUUAUUGAACCAACGUCUGUACUGGGUUGACUCCAAACUCCAAGAGUUGUCUAGCAUUGACCUGAAUGGUGGGAACAGGAAACGAUUACUAUUCUCAGAAGAAUACCUCGCGCAUCCUUCUGCUCUCACAGUUUUUGAGGACAAGAUUUAUUGGACUGACAUUGAUCACGAAACUAUUUACUGUGCAAACCGGCUGACUGGAAAAGAUGUGAUAUCGCUUGCGAAUAACCUGUACAAUCUACAUGACAUCAUCAUUCUUCAUGAGCUGAAACAGCCCAAAGUUACAAGCUUCUGUACAGCUGGUGUUGCACCAAAUGGAGGAUGUCAGUACCUGUGUUUGUCAGCUCCUCAAAUCAACAUCCAUUCUCCAAAAUACACAUGUGCUUGUCCUGACAACAUGAAGCUUGGGCAGGAUAUGAGAAAGUGUUAUAAAACAGCUGAAAAGCUUCCAACUGUCCCCUCAGUGACCAGUGGCAAACCAACUGCGAGGCCUGGCACAGCUUCCUUCACUACCGAGGUUCCAGUAAAUAUAACCGUCACACCUGGUGCAACCGCUCUGUCCAGCGUCACUACAGGAGAUUCACAACGGCUCUUCCCUGGCAGCACUGACACAGACAAUUCAAUCCACAGGAACGGUUCCUCACUAUCAUCUGAUGACGGAAAGAAGUUGAGUUCGACUCAUGCCAUUGUGGGAAUUGUUAUCCCGAUAGUUAUCAUUAGUUUGGUGUGCCUGGGAGGUGGCUUGAUCUGGAGGAACUGGAGAAAGAAAAACACAAAGAGUAUGAACUUUGAUAACCCAGUCUACAGAAAAACGACAGAAGAAGAGGAAGUGGAGGAGACUCACAUUGGGAGAAAUGGACAGAUUGGCCACGUUUAUCCCGCACGAGUUGCACUCAGUAUGGAGGAUGACGGAUUACCCUGAGGCGUGCUGUGUUGCUCACAUUCACUCGCCCUGUAGGCUCCUCAAGCGGAUGGUGCAGCAGCUGGGAUGAUCAAGACUGGACAUGCAAUCACCUACUGGGAAAAUUUGUAACAUCCAAAAGAUACAUAUUUUUAUAUUAGCUAAACAUUUUACACUUUAUAUAGAAACAAAAAUUAAUUGGAUGUUUUCUUGCUCUGAUGUACCCAUUCUUGGAAAACAAGGCCUUGACUGAAAGAGUUAAAUUGAAAUUCUUAAAGUUUGUACAUAAUUGUGGUGUCACCCUUGUAAGCAUAGCCUCUUCAAAGCUAUAUUUAUAGAGUUUGUAAAUAAACUUACCUGAGUGCGCCACAGUUUAACGUUUUACAGAGAGCUACUGGGGUAUUUAAAAAUGGUAUUUAUUUAUCGAUCUGUUUCCUGGAUAAACUUGGGUAAUGUAGAUAUAAAAUGCAAGAAGGAAAUAUUUUCACCUUGAUGCAUUUUGCAUUUUCUGUACAGUAAAACCUUAUUUGCAUAUAUGUUUAUAUGAGAGAAUGUAUUUAUAAAAUUGGGAAAUUUUGAGGAAAAUGCUCAUUUCUGCUGGCAUUUGCUUUUCAUGUCUAACAUAUGUAGAGUCUUCUCUGUUGUAAGUGGAUUCUGAUUCUCUCUCCUGUAUUUGACCUUUACAUUAAUUGUUUCUUUUCAAAAGAGCAGCAUUCUUAUGUUAAAGUCUAAAGUUUUUCCUUUUUACAAAUGGCAUGUUUUUUUUAAAAAAUGGAAGCUGGGGGUGAGAACCAGUUGAGGAACAAUGACGUGAUGCAUUAAGCCCAUUGAGCUGGAAACAAUAAACUUGGCUUUGUGCCCCUGCAUUGUGAGACAAGGAACAAAUCAACUCUUUUAUUCCUGCGCCUGAUUGUAUUCAGGCACAAGUAAUGGAAACAUGCCGUGUAAGAGCAGAAUCUGUCUGCUAAAAUGGCUGCCACCUUUAAGCUGAUACGUGAGGAAUGGUGGCUUGCACAAGGUGCCAGUGAAACAUUCCUCAGUAUCUUCAAGGAGAUGGGGCACCUUGGAGUGAGGGAUAAUUAAAGAAAAACUGCUGAGAUUCAGUGUAGUGUAAAAUGUACAUGUUGGAUCUGCAGUAAAGAUUAAACGAAAAAUCUGACUUUUGUGCACCCGGAGGAUUGAUUUCCUGAAAAUAGCCAAAGGUUUUAUAAUGGAACAAAAGACACUAAAAAUGUUUGCUACUUUUUCAUUUUUAAAACUAAUUAAAUAUUUUUGUGCGAAAUAAGCUAAAAGUUUCUCAAAGUCGAUACCUGGUAAACCCUGCGUACUUGCCUAUUUGUAAUUUAUUUAACUUUUGUCAAUCAUUGGGGCUGUUGAUUGUGUUCAUUUUGUUUUUAUCGGGGUAUAUUGAAUGGGUAUCUUUGGUUUGUGUUUGUAUAAAAUUUGAAAUUCCC